AAAUCAAGUGAAUAUAUAUAUUGAGAAACAUAGAAGAGUGAUGGGAAGAGUGAAGCUUCAGAUCAAGAAAAUUGAGAAUACAACAAACAGACAAGUCACUUUCUCAAAAAGAAGAAAUGGGCUUAUCAAGAAAGCUUAUGAACUAUCUGUUCUAUGUGAUGUUGAUGUUGCCCUCAUUAUGUUUUCCCCUUCUGGAAGACUCAGCAUCUUCUCUGGAAAUAAAAGCAUGGAAGAGAUAAUGGCACGAUACGUGAAUCUUCCUGAACAUGAGCGUGGACGGCUGCAUAACCAAGAGUAUCUGCAGAGGGCUCUAGCCAAGUUGAAAGAUCACAACAACUAUCAAGCAGGAGCAGUCAGCCCAGUGAAUGCAGACUCCCAACUUGAGGAAAUUCAACAAGAAAUUCAUAAAAGCAGGUCUCAGUUGGAGGAGAUGGAGAAACGGUUAAAGAUUUUCGAAGGACAUCCAUCUGAAAUUACGACUGUGUGUGAGGCCCAGCGCCGAGAGCAUAUCCUUGAGGAGACUCUGAAAUGUGUCCGUAUACGCAAACGAGUUUUGGAGGAGAAAUAUGACCAUUCCAAUGCCCAACUAACUUCACAGGUGAAUCUGCCUCUGGAGCCGGUUUUGAAUGUAAAUGGUCUCGUUACAACAAAUCCAAACCUUAUUUUGGAUUGGAUGCCACAGCCCCAGCCGCAGAGAGACUCACAACAAGUGCAGAUCAUGAACUUCUUGGAUUCAAAUGGCCUUCUUCCCCUCAGAGAGCAAGGUCAUGGCAUAGGCAACAACAUGCUACGACCACCAUCAAGUUUCCUGAAUGGGCAAAACAUGCAGCUGGACGAUCAGACGAGCCCAAGCAGCUGUGGGAUGGAGGAUGAUGACAACAACAUCAACAACUUGCGAUUGCAACACCAGCCUCACUUCGGCAUCGACACUAUUGAUGCCAACAUUUCACCCUGGACCACCACCCCCACUCAGUUUUAUCCAACAGGUGAGCAAUUGAAGGAUCUGCAUUAGAGUUUCACUUGGAGUCCACCCCCUUUUGUCAAGCCACCCGAGCAGUGCCUCUGUGUUGAGGCUUUAGAUUUAUUUUAUCAAGCUUACUAAGUUUUAUGUUUUGUUAAAAGUAUUAUAUGUAAUGUGUGAGAUGUAUAAGAUUUGUAUAUGCAUAUAUUAAAAUGUGUCUGAAUGUUUUAAAUAUUUUGGUUCUUCAUGUAUGCACAGCUCAAUGGAUAAUAUCUUUUUGUUUUGCUUCCGCUUCA